AUGGAGGUCAAUAUUCCCCCGGGAACAACCACCACGUCGGUUCCAGCGAAGACGACCGAGCCUGAACCUCGACUGGUCCUAUCAACAUUCCCUGAUAACCCCUCCGAUCGAGCCACUUCGCUUUCCAAUGACCACGCAGACACUAUACGAGGUGCAACGAGCGGCAAUGCAGCAAGGGCCAAUCUGUAUGCAGCCGAGAAAUACGGCAAUGCAUGCUCAGAGAAACUCCCCGUCAAGACGCAUAACCACCUCUUGUUUCCGCCGUUGCCUGCAUACGGCCCUCCGACUAUCGCCUCCAGCAUAAAGUACUACGCGAUUCGAGCGGUCUCCUUUGUUCUCUCGCUAGGCUUUUUGACUGCGAUCUUUGUCAGCGCAUUGUCCCGUACCGCUGGGAUGGUACUUGCCAAUGCAAGCGCAAGUCUACAAGGUCGGAAGCCUGCUUCGGGGAGAGUUUUCGAAGCCGAGGAAAAAAAGCGCAAGUUGGCACGGGCCGAGUCAGACCGGAAAUGGCAUAUUCGGCAACAGAAGAAACACGUGGAUGAGGAGCAAGGGCCAGAUGAAUGCCCACCGCUGGAAGGAGGCAAGGAUCCGGUUGUCUGCGAUGUUGCAUACUAUGCGCGACGGGUCGGAUUGGAUGUUGAGACAUUUCGAGUCCAGACUGAGGAUGGAUUCAUCAUCACACUCUGGCAUGUUUACAACCCUCAAGAAUAUGCAGCACUCCCAGCCGAGCAACGGCGUGAGCGUGGACCUGCGGUCUUUAAUAGCACGAAGAGCUGGCCUCCUUCCAGCUCCAGUGCAAAACGCCGGUACCCCGUUCUUUUGAUUCACGGGCUGUUGCAGAGCGCAGGCGCUUACUGCACCAAUGAUGACGAUAGCCUUGCAUUCUAUCUUUGCAAGUCUGGGUACGACGUUUGGCUGGGAAACAACCGAUGUGGAAUGACGCCCGAGCACGCCACUCUGUCUCCAUCUGAUCCACGCAUGUGGUCCUGGGAUAUUCGGCAUCUCGGUACACUCGACCUGGUGGCACUUACAUCUCGUGUGCUAUAUGAGACCGGCUUUGGGAAGCUGGGUCUCGUAUGCCACUCACAAGGAACUACGGAGACGUUCGUGGCGCUGGCGAAGGAGCAUCGACCCGAGCUUGGAGAGCGUCUCUCCGUAUUCUGUGCCCUCGCACCCGCUGCCUACGCUGGAGCCCUCGUCAGCAGACCCUAUUUCCGCUUCAUGGGCAUGCUCUCUGCCAAAGCGUUUCGCGUCUUCUUCGGGAUUCACGCUUUCAUCCCGUUCAUGAUGACUGUCCACCGCACCUUUCCUCCCAGACUAUACGGCAUGCUUGCAUACUGUGUAUUUUCAUACCUCUUCGACUGGUCCGAUUCCCGCUGGGAGCGAGACUUGCGAGACCGCAUGUUUCAAUUCGCUCCUGUAUAUGUCAGUGCCGAGAUUAUGCGGUGGUGGUUAGGAACCGACGGGUUUGCCAAGCACAAGUGCAUUCUCGCCACAGAAGAUCAGUCUGCUUCUGAGUCAAGUGCAGACCAACAUGUUCGAGACGAGGUCGGUCGAGAGCAUGGAGAUGACCCGGGAGGUCCUUGCUUAUCUGCUCCCGGCGACAGAGCAUGGUUUGGUCCCCAAGUACCUCCCUUUGCGCUGUGGGUUGGUGGCUCUGAUGCACUGGUGGAUGGUCGUCGACUUCUCCAACGCUUCGAAGGGGGGUUCGAGCCUUAUGUUCGAGUCGUACACUCGAAGAUCAUUGAGGAGUAUGAGCAUCUUGAUGUUCUCUGGGCCAUGGAUGCUAUUGAGCAGGUUGGAAAGGAAGUUCGCCAGGUCAUCUGGAAUACCAUACCCGACGAUGUGCGAGGCAUCUGCCGUGUUCCGCGGGGCAUAAACCAGAGUCUGCUCGGGGCGUCGGAGGCCAGGUGCACAUAG